AGCAUUCUCAAGCGCCUGCAGACUCGCCUGUACGGGACGGUAAAUGCGAAUCAUCUGGUGGAGCGCUGCCGCAGGCCGAUCCAGAAUGCUUCUCUUUUCCAGAGAAUGAUGUCGACCGGGCAAAGUGUCGCUGCUGCACAAUCUCUGAAUCCGGAGCCUAAACCAGCUCAGGAAACGACUGCGGAUCAAGUUAAAGAACAAGGUCGGGAUGGUGCAGGCCAUCGACAAUGUUGAGAAGAAGUCUGGUGUGAAGAUCGCUCCAGUGUUUGUGUCUGUGGAUCCGGAGCGUGACACCAUUGAGCAAAUGAAGGAGUACGUAACAGAAUUUCAUCCCAGACUCAUGGGACUAACCGGUUCCCCCGACGACAUAAAGCAGCUCGCAAAAUCAUUUCGCGUCUACUACAUGAAAACUGGCGACGAAGGCGACGACUACCUCGUCGAUCAUUCCAUCAUCAUGUAUUUGAUGGACCCGACGUGGCAGUUUGUCAAGUUUUUUGGGAAGAACUACACCCUGGAGGAGCUGAGCCAAGGACUCAUGGACGAAAUGAACAGUCACGGAAAGAAGAAGUGAUCGAUCAUUGUUCCCAAUUUUCUGAAUGAGGCAAUGGCGGCUAACGCUUGCGCAGGCACAAGCAGUACUAGUGGUAAGAGUGUUCAACUUAGCAGUGAACUGCUUC